GAAUCAUCCGUUGAUAAGUGUCUUAUCUCGGGAUCGUUUGCACUUGUUCGGUCCGCGUUACCAGCAAAUUGGUCCUUUAAAUCUCGGUUUGUGCAGAGUGUAAAAUGUUGGCCGCGCGUGGUACUCUGUUUUCGACGGCAAGAAAUUGCAGCGCCGUGCUGGGAUGCCGCAGCAAGCAUACCUUACCCGAUUUGCCUUACGAUUUCGGUGCUCUCGAGCCGGUGAUCUGCCGGGAAAUCAUGGAGCUUCACCACCAGAAGCAUCACAACGCGUACGUCACGAACUUGAAUGCUGCCGAGGAACAGCUGAAGGAUGCUGUCGCUAAGAACGACGCCUCGAAGAUCAUCCAGCUGGGAAGCGCUAUCAAGUUCAAUGGUGGUGGUCACAUUAAUCACUCCAUCUUCUGGAAGAACCUGUCGCCGGAUCGUAGCGAUCCAUCGGCCGAACUGCAGAAAGCGCUGAACCGCGACUUCCAAAGCAUGGACAAUUUCAAGAAGGAAAUGAAAGCCGCUGCUGUGGCCGUGCAGGGUUCCGGUUGGGCCUGGCUGGGUUACAAUAAGAAGAGCAAGUUGCUGCAGAUUGCUGCCUGCCCCAACCAAGACCCACUGGAGGCGACCACCGGUCUCGUGCCGUUGCUGGGUAUCGACGUUUGGGAGCAUGCCUACUAUCUGCAGUACAAAAACCUGAGACCGAACUACGUGGACGCCGUUUUCGACGUAGUCAACUGGAAGGAUGUCUCGGAACGGCUAGCGAAGGCACAGUAACAUUCACUUGCUGUGCUUUACUACUGCCACUUCGGGAAACCUAUUCGAAUCAAUCUGGCAACGGCGGGCAAUCGUGUCGAUUGAAAAAGUUUCAAAAACUAUGUUCACCCCCUGUUUUUCUGUGGCCGGAGAAAGCAAUUCGAAAUAAAAUCUAGUUUUACCUUGCAACA